CUGUUCUACGUUGGAGCUCGUGAGGGUCAGAUGCCGGUAGUGCUAACCAUGAUAAACAAAAGGCUGCGCACGCCAAUACCUGCCGUUAUCUUCACGUGUCUCGUGUCCAUCGGAUAUCUUUUCAUAUCCAGUAAUCUUUACGUUCUUAUAAACGCGAGUCAAGUGACGGCUUGGCUGGCAAUUACCGUUGUAGUUAUAGCGUUAUUAAGGCUCCGUUAUAUGUAUCCCGACGCGGAACGAACAGUGAAGGUCCCUCUAUGGUUAGCGAUCAUAUUCGUUAUUGGCUCAUCUGUAAUAGUCGUCCUUCCGGUAUUUGGAUCCCCAGUGGAUACAGCUAUUGGCCUAGCUAUACUUUUCUCAGCUGUACCUAUCUACUUUGUAUUCAUCAGCACUCAUGUAGUUCCUGACUUCAUAAAAGGAGUCACCGAGGGAUUCACCAUAUUUGUGCAAAAGCUGUUUAUGGUAUUCGACGACAAUGAGUAUGAUAAGGAUUAG